AUGCCAGAUUCCAGAGAUCUCGAUAGUCCUGGAGGUAACAACAGUCAAAAAGAUAGUUUGGGGUUUAAUGAUCAAACACCGAUCUUAUCAGCCCAACAGUCAUCUAUGAACGGAGAUGAUCUCCGCCGAGUGUUUGCGACUGACACACCAGACGAUGGAGACAAACUCAGUAAAAGUGACCGAUAUAAGCAAUGGAUGAAAUCAGGACUGGGUAUAUCUAUGGCUCUGACGUCUGGAUGUGCAUUCGCCGUGGGAUAUAUGUUUGCAGCCUUGGCUUUGAUGACCCUCUUGCCAUUCCAGACGGUAUUCAUUGUCCAGGGAAUGAUUGGUCUUAUUAUGAUUCCACCAAUCAUUUACUUACGUAUCGACUUCCUAAUGAGCACAGCCAGGCAACGAUUGUUGUUGAUUGGCAACGGCAUUGGCUACACAGUCGGAGAAGCCGGUUUAUACUUUGCGUUGUCCCAUCUGCCUAUUGGUAACGUGAACGCCAUCUUUAUGGGAUCUUUGCCAAUUAUUACGGCUAUCUUAAGUACGAUAUUUUUAAGAGAACCAUGGAAAUUGAUUCAUGCUUUUGUCGCCGUCGUCAAUAUUACUGGAAUCAUGUUGAUUUCCCAGCCUACUUUCUUAUUCGGAGGUGAAGCUUAUGAAUCUACCGCCAAUGAGACGAUGAACGUGAAGGCAUUCGGGUACCUCACGACUAUAGCGGGCGCUACCGGGUACGCCGCUUCUUAUAUUACCUGUCGAGCACUCGGUGAGGGCGUGAGCAUGCUAACAAUCAUCCUUUGGGAUUCUAUCAUUGCUGGCAUCAUGUGUAGUACAUUAACUUUUCUUACUGAGUCGCCAAAAUGGAGCAUGAACGGCAGACUGUUCGGCUUCGUCGUGGGAAUUGCAAUUUUCGACUGUCUUGGCCAUUGGACCGCUUUCCGCAGUGUCCAGCUAGAAAACGCCGCCACCGCCAGUCUUCUGUUCAACUUUGAAGUCGUGGUGUCCUACACAUUGGAUUACUUCGUUUUCGGAACUCACAUUGGAUGGUUCGAGAUCGGAGGUGUUCUGUUGAUCCUGUUCAGCGCAAGUGUCAUAUCAGUUGUGACAUGGAAAGCAAACCAAAAUAAACAGUUUCUUGAUGACGCGGAAAAUGCCGAAAAAAACGGAUACAUUGAAUUCAAAUCUGAGAAUUGA